GACUGGCCCGGCGGUCUUGGAGAACUCAGACCCAGCUCCUCCUGGAAGUGAAAGGCCGCGUGUGGUCCUGCAGGCCAGCAGCUUGGAUUCGGUGUUCGAGCAGGUGGCCAAGGAUCAUCGAAGGAAAGCCACCUGGUACUUCCAGAAGACCGGCGGAGCCUCGAAGGUCAUUCUUCAGCACGCAGGAGAGGAUCCGGUGGAGUUGCCGGGCGCCUUGGAGAAUGCCACGCUGACCCAGUUUGUCUUGGACAAUGCUCUGCCGCUGGUCGGUGAGCUCAACGCCGAUACCUUCGAUAAGUACUUGGAAGCUGGGAAAGGCUUGGUUUGGAGCCUUUUUCCGGUGAAAGCUGGCGAGGGCUUUGAGGAGCAUCGCGGCAUCAUGACAGAUGUGGGAAAGAGGUUUCGAGGCAAGUACUUUGUGACCCACACCGACACGGCGAAGUUCAAGGAGGCCAUCGACAACAUGCUUGGCAUCAGCAAGUUCCCAGCCAUCGCAGUACAGAAGAAGGCUGGGGACAAGAAGAAGUUUGUGUACACUGGUGCCAUGACAGCGGCGCAGAUCUCGCAGUUCAUAGAGGAUGUUAGCACAGGGAAGGUCUCCCCGUCGCUGAAGUCUGAGCCCAAGCCUGCCGCGAAUGACGAUGCCGUCAGAGUUGUCGUGGGCUCCACCUUCGAGCAGGAGGUUUUUACCCCCGACAAAGACGUGCUACUGGAAGUUUAUGCACCCUGGUGUGGGCACUGCAAGAAGCUCGAGCCCGAGUAUAGCAAGCUGGCGAAGAAGAUCAAGAAAGAGGAGCUGAGUGACUUGCUGUCCAUUGCAAAGAUCGACGGCACCGCGAACGACAGCCCAGUCGAUUUCAUCGAUUGGAGUUCCUUUCCGACGAUCUUCUUCGUGAAGGCAGGGCAAAGCAAUGCAACCGUCUACGAUGGCGAAAGAACUGCGAAGGGCUUGUGGAAGUACAUCCGGAAGCAUGCCACAAAAGCUCAAGAGCUGCGUGAGAGGCUCGAUAGACGGAAGGCGCGGAUGAGUCCGUUUCAAGGUUUACGUCUAGGCACAGAAUUCCUUUCGGUUCGACCAUGA